AUGCUUCCAUCGACCCAAGUAGGUGUGACCGAGACUCACCGACGAUCUCGUUUGAGAGUGUGCGCGGUAUGUGGGAUGAAGAAGCACCAACAGUACAUGCAAACAUUUACCGAAAACGCGACUAAAAGGGAAGAAUGGGUUAAACUUCUCUACGACAACGAUGCUGUUCUGAUGGAACACCAAAGACAGAAACUGGACACCUACGGUCGCAAGUUCAUCUGCUAUGAUCAUUUCGCAGCCGAUCAGUUCGAGUCUUCUGCUCAACGUUCGCUUAUUCUCAAACGGAAUGCGGUUCCUUUGCCGUAUGAAGCUUCUACGUUUAUACCUAAUCGACAUCCAUUAAAUGGUGUAACUGAGAACUCACUCAAACGAGGCGGUCCUUGCGAAGAUGAGCCCAUUCAUUUGGAUCUACUUCUCAUCCCACCACAAAUUUCUUCAAUGGAAUUUCUUUUGAAGAAUAUUGAAGUUUAUUCGAAAAUAAAGCCGAAUAAUGAUUGA